AUUGUUGUAAUACUCGAUGCGAUGUUUUGUUGUGUUGUGUUGUGAACUGUGUAGUGGCAAUUAUCUACCAGGUGACAUACAACGGAGAGCAGUGAAGUUUUGGCUACCGUGCCACGCUUGCUUAACGUUUUAACUGGUCUACUCUCGUAUAUAUUUAUUAUUAUUGAAUGUGAAUCGAUGUAAAAAUUUGUUGAUAUUGUUAUUUUAAACGUGUUUAACAAAUUUUUUUUAUACAAUUUAUAUUGAAAUCGGAAAUCCAAGCGUUACCGCCGCAGAAUAUUGUAAUAAUAAUUUUAUUUGAGUAUAAGUUUCUGUGUAAGAAAAUAUCAGAAGUUUUGUUUUAAUUGACACGGUACACUAACGGAAUAAUAACUUAAGUAUAAAAUUACUUAGAGUUGCAAGAGAACUCGUUUCAAUUUUUUUUUAAUUAAAAAAAAACUUUGGUUUUGAGUUUUCAUAAAAUUGUGCAAUAAAAGUGACAUUGCACAUAAAAAAAAUUGUUUUUCAUAAAUGAAAUGUGACUUCGUAUAAUUCAAGUCAUUAUCUAGUCGGUGUUUUAAAAAAACCAUUAACUGAAGAUUUUGCGAAUAUAAUAAAAUACAUUCCAAGGAUUAUUGUUGAAAAUUUUCGAGUGGAACAAAUUCAAUUGACGAAAGCAGAAAAAAAAAUUAUAGAAGAACGUGUUAUGCAUCUACAGUGUACACAUGAGUGAAAUGAUAAUAAUUUUACGCUGAAAAAUAACUAAAAGCAAAACGAUUUUUUUUUGAUCGAUUAAAAGUUUAAUGUUUACAAUCAGUAUGGUUUGUACAUUAAAAUCAUAGUGAAUGAUUGAAACAGUGAGCCGUGAUAAUCGGCGAACAAUAUUUAUCGGAGAGAAAAACAUGUCACAUUUUCCUUUCCGGGGAUCGCCAAGUAACACACAGAACACAAUCUCGUCAACUCCUCCAUCACCACCAGUAUCACUUGCAAUGGCUGUCACAUCAACAAUUCCUCCUGGACAACGAAGCUCGUCACCAUGUUCGGCCGCAUCCGGACCACCAAACCGAUGCUGUGAUUCGGGUCGACCACUAUUUACCGAUCCGUCGACCGGUCAAACGGUGUGCUCGUGCCAGCACGAACAAAUGUUAAGUUAUCAGCGCUUAGCUCAAGCAAGUCUUAUGGGACAUGGGGGUAUGCAAUUAUCAAUGUACAAUUCUGCGUAUGCAGAUGGAUUACCGACAGCAGCUUAUCUACCGGGUGUAGGAGCUGAUCAAUCACAUUUUUAUCCGAAUUUGGCCGGACUAGAAUUAAAAGAAAAUUUAUCGGGUGGUGCACCAUGGCCUUAUGGAUAUCCUUAUCCGUACGACCCAUCAUUAGCGCCUUAUGCAUUCAAUGGAUAUGGCAUGGAAUUAAAUGGCGCCCGACGAAAAAAUGCGACACGAGAGACGACUAGCGUAUUGAAGGCAUGGUUAAAUGAACACAAAAAGAAUCCGUAUCCAACCAAAGGUGAAAAAAUUAUGCUGGCAAUAAUAACGAAAAUGACACUGACACAAGUGUCGACAUGGUUUGCAAAUGCCCGACGAAGGCUUAAAAAGGAAAACAAAAUGACAUGGGAACCAAAGAACCGUGUUGAUGAUGACGAUGCAAAUAUUGUGGAUGACGAUGACGAUGAUAAUAAGAGUACGGACGGAAAAGAUUUGUUAGAUUCAAAGGACUCUGGUACCGCUUCAAGCGAAGACGGUGACAAUCAUAAAUCACAUCGCCUUAAUGACAACCAUCCAGGAAGUGGAUCGCCGUCGCCCGAUAUAUGUGAUAAGCCAGGUGGCGGUUAUCCACUAUAUCAUCCUGCUGCACUACAUCAUUAUCGGCCAACCAUGGGAUCACCUCUAGAUAUCAAACACACCCCGAGCGGUAGCACAAAUCCAAAUAGUAAGCCUAGAAUAUGGUCCUUAGCGGAUAUGGCCAGUAAAGAGGAGAAAGAGUCAUCCGAUCUAAAACAUCCCCCAUUUUAUCAAACUGGACCCGGUAAAAUACUGUCGCCAUUAGCAAGUCGAAUGCCAUAUCCACCCUACCUGAAACACGAUCUGAAGCACGAAGUGAGUAAACCGGACAUUUAUCGAAAUUUCAACGGUCCGCCAUCGAUGCCAGUCAGUCAUCCCGACUACGUGCUACUCGAAUCCUAUCAGAGAGCAUUGGCCGCACACAAUAACGGUCUAUCGGCGUCGAUGCAUCCACUGUCAUCGAUUAUGUCCAAGUCAUCGUCCGAACAUAAUUCAUCCUUUGCCCCGUUGAGUUUAACGACAAACAAUUCAGCGUCAGUGCCAUCGUCGGGUGCAUCGCCGUCAGCGUCAAGUACGUCAUCGCGGCCGGAAAACACAACGCCCAUAUCUGUGUUACCGAAUUCGCAUGACAGACAACCACCACCCGAACAUAUGGCAACGCCUUGACCAAUUUUAAAAUCCCCGUAAAAUGAAUAAAAUUUAAAGGAAAAUAAAAAGAAAAAUUCGUGUGAUAUAAAUAACUAUGUUAGUAGGAUGAUAUAAAUAGCACCAAUAUUUUAAUGUAAAAAAGAAAAAUGGAAAAACAAAAAUUUAAACAGAAGAAGAAAACAUGGAAAAUGGACAAUUUUUUUAUGGAAGUGAAUCCCAAAAAAAAAAUUUCGGACAAUAAUUUAAAUGUGAUUUACUUAUUUAUAUUAAAAAAAAAACAAAUGGUAAACAAAAUAGUAAAAAGGAAGGAGAAUUGAACAUAAAAACAAAGCUAAAGAAACACUUUUUACUUAAGGGCAAUUGCUACGCAAAUCAGGGUAUGUUAAAAUUUUAACGAAAUUAUUUGAAACUUUUUGAGAAAAUUGUAAUUGUAAACAUUCUGUGCAACCGAAAUAUUGUGUUGAUCACAUGGUGAAAAUUUGAAAAA